UUUAGCAAUGAAAGGAUGCUUCUGGAUGCCUGCCCAGUGUGCGUUACUAUAAAUUCUAAAUACACUUUCUUCUUUACCCACAUGGACAGUGAUCAGUAAGACGGAGAAGGCCAGGACAUUAGGAUGGAAGUGGUAUUCCAUGGAUCAGACUGUGGAGGGGAUAUCUAGAGAGGGCAAAGGAGACCUUCAGGAUGGGGAAAACAUGUGCAACUUUUCCAGAUUCUAGUUGAAAAGCUUCUUAGAGCAACAUGAGCUGGAGCUUUCUCACUCGCCUCCUGGAAGAGAUCCACAACCACUCCACCUUCGUGGGGAAAGUGUGGCUGACUGUGCUCAUCAUCUUUCGCAUUGUGCUCACAGCAGUCGGAGGUGAGUCCAUCUACUCGGACGAGCAGACCAAGUUCACCUGCAACACCAAGCAACCAGGUUGUGACAACGUAUGCUAUGACGCAUUCGCUCCCCUCUCGCAUGUUCGCUUCUGGGUCUUCCAGAUCAUCAUGAUCUCCACUCCCUCUGUCAUGUACAUGGGUUAUGCCAUCCACAAGAUUGCCCGAAGUUCAGAGGAGGAGCGCAGGAAGCAGCAAAGACUUCGCAAAAAGCCACCUCCUCACUUGAGAUGGAGAGAGAGCCACCAUCUGCAGGAAGUCUUAGAGGAGGAGGAAGAUGACGAUGCAGAGCCAAUGAUCUAUGAGGAUACACUGGAGGUGCAGGAGGCCAAACCUGAACCAGUAAGCAGUACUAGCAAAGACCCACCAAAAUAUGAUGGCCGCAGAAAAAUAAUGCAAGAAGGCCUGAUGAGAAUCUAUGUCCUCCAACUCAUGUCAAGAGCUAUUUUUGAAAUUGCUUUCCUUGCUGGACAGUACCUCCUUUAUGGUUUUCGAGUUAAUCCUUCGUAUGUAUGCAACAGGGUGCCCUGCCCACACAGAGUGGACUGUUUCAUCUCCAGGCCCACAGAAAAAACAAUCUUCCUCCUAAUUAUGUAUGUGGUAAGCUGUCUUUGUCUCGUGCUAAAUGUCUGUGAGAUGCUUCACUUGGGGAUUGGCACUUUUCGGGAUACUCUUCGCAUGAAGAGGAACCGUGGCCAGCGGAUGUCAUACGGCUACCCAUUCUCCCGUAACAUCCCAGCAUCCCCUCCAGGGUACAAUCUUGUGAUGAAGACAGAAAAGCCUAGCAGGAUCCCCAACAGCCUCAUCACACAUGAGCAGAAUAUGGCCAAUGUGGCCCAGGAGCAGCAGUGCACCAGCCCAGAUGAGAAUAUCCCCUCUGAUCUUGCAAGUCUGCACCGGCAUCUACGGGUGGCACAAGAGCAGCUUGAUAUGGCUUUUCAAACCUACCAAACCAAAAACAACCAACAAACCUCCAGAACCAGUAGUCCUGUGUCGGGAGGCACUAUGGCUGAGCAGAAUCGAGUUAAUACAGUCCAAGAGAAACAAGGAGCAAGACCCAAGUCAGCCACAGAGAAGGCUGCAUCCAUUGUAAAAAAUGGGAAGACUUCUGUCUGGAUCUAGUGAUAAAUUUCCUUUAGUAGAUAACAGUGAAAACUAUCAAAUCCCCAGAAUUUCAAAGUGACCCAGGUGGAGUAUGUGUUUGUGUGAGAUACAACUUUGGACAAUAACAAGUGAAAUUUCAGUCUCACUAUUUUAAAGAAGUACAAAGUAGGAAGACAAUUUGGGGGAAUAAAAAAUAAACAUGAAGGAAUUAUUAACUCCAGUAUCAUAAAUCUUCUUUGUUACUGUAGCGUGUCAUAUUGUGCUUGCCAUAGAUUUUGGUUAUAGGCUAACAAAUGCUUGCUCAGUUUAUUCAUCUACUUCCAAUUAAAAUGUCAAAGCAUAAACAGACUGCUUCAAGCUAAUUACCAUGACUGAUUUGAAGAAAUUUUACUUUGAAAGGACACAACUGGAUCUAAACCUGAAAAUGCAGUCUAAGACACUGUACACAUGCACAAUGGCUCAUUCUGAAGAAUGAUGAAUGUUAUUAUUAUUAGAAAGAUGCAUUUUAAAAUUAGAAAUAUUUCUGGAUGUAGUAUGGAUGAGUGUCCCCUCAAGAAAAUUAAAUGCAAACUGUUUGACACUGAAGGCUUUAAAUCUUCUUAGUGUCAUCGCCAAUCAAUGUGUCCCAAAGCCUUGCAGCGUCACAUUUGAACAGAAAGAGGUAAGUAAAUAGAAAAUACACUAAAUACUGAUUUUAUGCAAUCUAAAGUAGAUGAUGCAUGCUUUGCAGCUGGGAACAUACAGCAUAGACAUAGGCUAUAGUAAAAAUCCUGUCCUUAGCUAUUCAAUAAGCUCCUAAGUCUUGGCAUGUUAAAUGAGAUUAUUACCUUUUUUUCUGUUUCUAUAAUUGCUUUCAUAAUAAUGGUUAAUCCUGCCUUCGCUGUUUUCAUACAACAAAGUGCCUCAAACCUUAAAAGACUGUUCAAGUAUUUUAUUUAUGAAACAAAAAUAAACUUGUUUGAAACCUCAGAUUUCUGUCUUUACAGCAGCACUCUGCUUUUGUCUCAC